UAGUGUAGCUUAAUGGCGACAUCAUCCUUCUCACUGAAGUGCCUGAUGCGUUAGAAGCUUAGACGCUAUGCAACCUCGUUUGAUCUGAACGGUCAAUGCAGCUGCUCAUUCAUGGGUGCUCACGCGUCUGCUCUGGAAAAAGAGAUCGGCACUGAACAUUUGCCUCCAAAUGAGAACUACUUUGGUCUGAUCAAUUAUGGGAACACGUGCUACUGCAACGCAGUUCUGCAGGCACUCUACUUCUGCAGACCCUUCAGGGAGCAGGUGCUCAGCUACAGACCCUUGAACCCCAAGAAACACAAGACAUCUCUAACCAAUCAUCUGAAGGGGGGCUACAGUGCAUCUAAUGGAAUUUUGCCCAAUAAUGGAGCUACUCCGAUCAUUAAUGUCACAGCACCCACUCAUAUAGCUAAUACUGGCUCUCUUAACUCUGGCACAGCUGCAGGGAUGGGACCAACUCAACAGUUUGGAAAUGAGAAUCUCCUGACUUGUUUGAAUGAUCUCUACACAAAUAUCGCCAAUCAGAAGAAGCGCACCGGCAGUCUUCAUCCUAAGAAGUUUGUAGCCAGGUUGCGCAAAGAUAAUGAAUCUUUCGACAAUUAUUUGCAGCAAGACGCCCACGAAUUCCUGAAUUUUCUACUCAAUACUAUUGCUGACAUAUUAAAAAGCCAAAAAAUUCGUGAAGAACAGCUUCUAGAGGAGUCAGCUCUGUUAAGUGGAUCGACUGGUGGGAAGUUGGGAAGCAGUCAUCACCCUAACGGCGCUUCGACUCUGCCCUCUAGCAAGAAGAACAACGCUAAACUCACAAUGCCCCCUGCAACAGCAGCCACCGCCAAUAUCGCUAGUGCAGAAACGUCAUUACACAGCAGCGGUGUUGCGUCAGAUAACCCUAGCAUAACAAAUGUUAAUACUAGCAGCUCCAAUCCAAACUUACCUCGGGUCGGAUCCAGUGCCUCUAGGAGCUCCAACGCCGGAGUAGAUCCGAAGUGCGGUAAAGAUAGCGGGGAGCGAACGACUUGGAUUCAUGAUAUCUUUCAGGGCGUCCUGACUAGCGAAACUGUGUGUUUAACAUGCGAGACUGUCCGACGAAAGGACGAGAACUUUCUGGAUCUUUCUCUGGACAUAGUAGAAAACAACUGCAGUAUCACGCAUUGUUUGAGGAACUUCUCUCACACGGAGACUUUAAACUCAGACCACAAGUUCUUCUGCGAGACCUGCUGCUCCAAGCAGGAGGCCAGUAAGAGGAUGAUGAUCAAAAAAUUGCCACAGGUGCUCGCCAUCCAUCUCAAGCGCUUCAAGUUCCAGGAAAGUCUUGGACGAUAUACCAAACUCGCAUAUCGUGUUGUGUACCCAAUGCAACUGCGUAUAGUCAAUACCUCUGAAGAGUGUCCUAAUCCAGAUGUGCUGUAUGAACUAGUGGGCGUGGUCAUCCAUGCCGGAUCCACUCCAAACAGGGGUCACUACAUUAGUAUGGUCAAGUCCAGCUCCGUCAUUAGCGGGGGCCCCGAACUGUGGUUGCUUUUUGACGACGAUAAUAUUGAAAAGAUAGACCCAGUUAUCAUGGAGGAGUUCUUUGGUCAGUCGGGCCCGGAUGGGGCCACUGCACCUGGAAGUACGGCCAGCAAACCCUCAGAGACAGCGUACAUUCUUUUCUACCAGUCAGUAACCUCGCCACCUAACAACGCAAUGCUGUAAUGGUAUGCCAGUCCCAAAUCAGUACAAACUCAACUCAAUAUUUUUUAGUUUAGCUCAGUCAUCGCCUGUCCAAAUGAAAAAUUUACCCCAUUAAAUUCUCUCUAAUUUCUUUAAUGAAAGAGGUUUUGUUUAAAUAUUUUAAAAAUUGUCAAUUCAU